AUGCAACUGAAAUUAUCUACCAGCCUUUACUACCCGAUCACCGUCACAGACCUGCUGAAGAAGACCGGCGAUGAGGUAAACCAGGGGGAUGGAUUGUUUUCAUACACCUAUCGCACAACUGUGACGGAGGGUGAUGGGCUGGGUAACAAGGUAGACGUCGUGAAGACGUUUCCUACGAGAUUUGAAAGCACUGUUGAUGGAACCUUGGUAGCUUGGAAGAUCCGGAAGGGACAGGUUAUUGAGGCACCUAUUAACAUUGCUGAGAUAGACGAGCCAUGCGCUCACGAAGUGCAGUUUGGUGGCAUGUGUGCCAACUGCGGCAAGGACAUGACCCAUGCAAGCUACAACACCGAUGUUCUUGAUUCACAUCGAGCGCCCAUCCGCAUGGUUCACGACAACUCCGCGCUAACCGUCAGUGAAAGUGAAGCUACUCGAGUAGAAGAGGAUGCCAAACGCCGACUCCUUUCGUCAAGAAGGCUCUCGCUGGUCGUUGACCUGGAUCAAACCAUCAUUCACGCUACUGUGGAUCCGACUGUGGCUGAAUGGCAGCAAGACAAGGACAACCCCAACCAUGACGCUGUCAAGGAUGUGCGGUGUUUCCAGCUAGUUGAUGAUGGUCCGGGCAUGAGAGGAUGCUGGUAUUAUAUUAAACUACGGCCUGGACUGGAAGAGUUUCUGAAAGUGAUCUCCACGCUCUACGAGCUGCACAUCUAUACUAUGGGAACCCGCGCUUAUGCACAGAACGUAGCCAACAUCGUCGAUCCAGACAAAAAGAUCUUUGGAGACAGAAUACUCAGUCGAGAUGAAAGCGGCAGCCUUACAGCGAAAAACCUCCAACGAUUAUUCCCAGUAGAUACCAAGAUGGUGGUCAUUAUCGACGACAGAGGAGAUGUAUGGAAGUGGAGUGAGAACCUGAUAAAGGUCUCGCCUUAUGACUUUUUCAUUGGUAUCGGUGAUAUCAACUCCAGCUUCUUGCCGAAGAAGCAAGAACUCAAAGCAAAGCCAAAACCUGGGUCAAAGGCCAAAAAAUUGAUACCCGCUGCUCCUGCCGAUGCUGCUGAUGCCAGUACCGCCGCCACCGAAGGAGCUGAGAAGCCAGAGCCCAAUGGAUCAAAAUCUGAGGCGUCCGAGGCAAAUGAGCCCGCUCCCACAGACCCCGAGCAAUCAACGCUUGAGCAGCUGGUAACCAUGGGAGGAGGGGAUAACCCAGUGUUACUGCAGGAGCAGACUAGCCAACAGGAAGAAGUUAUUGCACACCAGGUGGAGGAACGUCCUCUGCUUCAAAAGCAGAAACUCCUGGAUGCAGAAGAUGAGGCUGCUGAGACCCAACAGAGUACGGAGAAUGGGGAUUCUUCCAGUGAUGAGUCUCAAGAUUCGGUAAAACACCAUCGUCAUCACUUACUUGAAGACAACGACAGUGAGCUUCCGCUGCUGCAAGAGCGUCUUCAGCUAAUACAUCAGCGAUUUUUUGAAGAGUACGACCGAAGACGCACGCAGGCUCUUGGUGGUAGAGUAACAGCACUGACGGGACAUCGCGCCCCUGCAAAGGACAAAGCAGUUGACCUACAGAUAGUGCCAGAUAUCAAGGUUUUGAUGCCGGAAAUCAAACGAGUAGCUCUCGGUUCCGUCAUCCUGGUCUUCUCGGGCGUCCUUCCUCUUGGAACAGAUACGCAGAAUGCCGAUAUUUCACUAUGGGCGAAAAGUUUUGGCGCAACAAUCACUUCAAAGAUCAAUUCACGCACAACUCACUUGGUUGCAGGGAGAAACCGAACAGCUAAGGUGCGAGAGGCUACUAGGUACCCGAAGAUAAAAAUCGUUACCGUUCAAUGGCUGCUUGAUUGCAUGAUACAAUGGAAGCACCUAGACGAAGAGCCGUAUCUUGUUCCGGUCCAUCCAGAUGACAUGGGCGAACCUAUAGGCUCAUCAGAGAAUUCACCAGACAGCAAAGAGAACGCAGAUGACUCCUUUCCUUCAUCCUCUGAAGAAUCUGAUCCGACCAGCGACGACGACACGGCGAGUGUGAGAUCAUCGAAGUUGGCUAAACGACGAAGAAAUUCCGACGAAGAAAUCCGGCUAUCUGCUGGCCUGACUGAUCAGUCACGGUUAGGUUACGACGAACAGGAGCAGGCAACGGUACACGACGAACUCAAAGAAUUCCUCGGCAGCGAUAACGAAGACAGCGAAAGCGACAGCGAUUUCUCUAUGCUAUUCCCCGACAAGAAACGCAAGCGAGAGGCCACUGAAGAAGCUGAUGGCGGCGUCAAUGAAGAAGAAGACACAAGCGCUGAAGGUAGCGGAUCCCGUCUAUCCCAGAAGAUCAAGCGGUCUCAUGAACGAACCACAGGUCUAAAAGAAGUUUCUACAGCUCAGCCAAGCAUCUCUGCUACUGAACCGACUGCCGACGCUGAGAUGCAAGCAGGCAGGGAAGCUUUAAUGGGCGACCUGCCUGACGUCGAACCGAAGUACAAGGACCUAGACCCGGUCGUGGAUGAUCCCGAGGACGAUGAAGAUGCUCUUGAACGAGAGAUGAUGGCCGCCUUUGACGAAGACCCGGACUGGGAGCAAAACGCAGCUGAAGACGAAGAAGAUGCCAACUAA